CUGAGUGACAGUCUGCUUUAUUUCAGCUCCAGUUACUGAACCAUAAUAUGGUACAUAUAAUUAAAGUUAGUUGGGUUGUUUUGCUCUACGCAGCCUGUCCACUGAGCAGAAGAGCGGGUUCAGCUGUAGGAGUCAGUACAGCCGGUUUAGUUCAUAGUUCAGGUUCAGUACAGCUGCAGGAGUCAGUACAGGCUGUUUAGAUCAGGAUCAGCUGCUGAUUCAGAGCUGUGAUAUGGUUGACACAGAGAAGUUUCCAGCAUCGCUUUACUGCCUCCUGCUUCUGCUCUCUGGAGUCUCCUCUUACACUGAGUUCGAGGUCUCAGUGCCCAGUGGUGGUCAGGUCGGGGUCUAUGGGCAACCCGUGGUUCUGUCCUGCAGCUUUCCCACCGGAGGCUCCUGGGAUGUGAGCAGCAGUGAGAUCACGUGGCAGCGCGGCCUGGUGAACAUCCACAGCUUCUACCACAGCCGAGACCAGCUGGACCAACAGCAUCAUCACUAUGCCAACCGUACCAGCCUGUACCACCAGGAGAUAGCAAGGGGAAAUGCAUCACUCAGACUGGACCGGGUCACCCUGGAGGAUGAUGGAAUAUACACCUGUUCGGUCAGCACACAGAUCGGCAGCCAGAAGAAAAGCUUCAGACUGAAAGUAGCAGCCUUUUACCCAGAGCCUCAUCUGCGCAUCAACCUGUUGAGUAACGGGCAGGUGGAUCUCCUGCUGACCUCACAGGGAGGUUACCCCUCCCCAUCGCUGCAAUGGCUGAUGGGUAACUUGGAGGACGUCACAGAGGUAACGCAGCUGGAGCAGGACCAACACACCAGGCUCUACAGCAUCAACAGUAAACUCAACCUCAAACGAGGCACCAACUCCUCCAUCACUUUCAUCCUGAAGAACCAAGAUCUGGGGCAGGAGAUCAGACGGAACAUCGACCUGUUCUUAGAAGACAGAGCUGGCGGUCCACUAUCAGGAGACAUGAGACAAUAUGCUGUCCUUGGAGCUCUGAUCGCUGCCCUCACAGCCGGCCUAGCAGUGUUAAUUAUCAUUUUCUUCAGACGACGGAAACAAAACAAGCAGAACAAAAACAAAGACUUCAGAGCCGUCAGCUCCACUGAUGAAGAGCGAUCCAUAAACCACCAAAAUGGAAAACCAGCCCACUGAGUUUGUUAUUUUCUUGUCUUGGGUGAAGAGACUGUAUCAUCGCAGUGUCUCCAGUUCUCACCAACGAUGGACGGUAUAGUGGAGAUCAUGAUCGGUCACUUGCACUGUCUGAAAGAAGCCAUGCAUGAGUCAAGUCCAUUUUAGACCACAAAUGCUAACCGCACCACUAGUAACCCUGUGCUAAUCACUGUAGCCUUUUCCUGGCUGCAUGUGGUAAGAAACACAGCAGCGGACACACAUGAACAAACUGUGUUUUUACAUUCCAGGUGUUUUUGGUGUUUGCUGCAAGUGACAUUCCAGAGAUUUACAUCUAGAAACACUAAAGAAUGGUUCUGAAACAUCCCUUCAGUGCCCUGUUGUUCAGUCAAGGUCCAUCAGUCCUGAAA